GACUGCCCGUUACCACAUAUUCUAACUGAGCCUGAGCGCGAGAGCAGGAAGUGCUGCUUCAACAAGCUGAGCAAGCUAGCUGGUGGUAGUUAAGUAGGUUAGCUUGGCAUUUAACGGAGUAGUCAAAAUGGGACUGUUCGGCAGAACACCAGAUAAAUCACCAAAAGAGCAGGUGAAUGAGUGGUCUCAAAAGAUCAGGAAGGAAAUGAGAGUGAUUGACAGACAGAUUCGAGAUAUUCAAAGGGAAGAAGAAAAAGUUAAAAGAUCUAUUAAAGAUGCUGCCAAAAGGGGCCAGAGGGAUGUGUGUGUGGUUCUCGCAAAGGAGAUGAUUCAGUCAAAACGAGCUGUCACAAAACUUUACGCUUCCAAAGCCCAAAUGAACUCUGUGCAACUGAGCAUGAAGAAUCAGCUUGCUGUAGUGCGUGUAGCCGGGUCCCUGCAGAAGAGCACAGAGGUGAUGAAAGCGAUGCAGAACCUUGUCAAAAUCCCAGAGAUCCAGGCCACCAUGAGGGAACUAUCAAAGGAGAUGAUGAAGGCUGGCAUCAUUGAGGAAAUGUUGGAAGACACAUUUGAGAGCAUGGAAGAUGGAGAGGAGAUGGAGGAAGCAGCAGAGGAGGAAGUUGACAAGAUCCUCUUUGAGAUCACAGCAGGUGCCCUUGGCAAAGCACCAAACAAAGUCACAGACGCCCUGCCUGAAAUAAAGCCAGCUGCAGCUGCUGCAGCUUCAGAGGAUGAGUCAGAAGAGGACAUUGAAGCAAUGCAGUCCAGAUUGGCAGCUCUGAGGAGCUAAGGUGAACUGCCACUGUUCUGUCAAAGUGAGUUUACUCACUCCAAUAAGGACAGAGACAAUUCUGGUGCUGGGUUUACAGUGCUGAGCAGCCUCCAAGCUUCAUAUUCUAAUUAUUAUUUUACAUUAUCAUUUGGGGUUAACUUUGUGCUAUGACAGUUAAUGUUUUUUUAUAGAACAGUUGGUCCACUUGGACAGGAAAAAAAGGUGUUUUUGCUUUUUGUCUUUUAUUAUCAGGGGAAACCCUCGGUAAGUCUUUAUUAUCCAAAGUCAAACAGAAGGUUUUUGAAAGUGUAUAUAAUGUAAGUAUGACAAGCCUGCUGUGCCUAUAGUGGUUCAUCAUAUCUUCUGUCCUAAGUUAUGGAAUGGUGAUGGAUGUACUUGGGUAUUUAUGAUCCAAACAAGCGAUUAAAUAACCACCCUGCACUUAAAUCACACCCUUGAUCACUACUCGGCAGUUCUAAUCUGUUUCGGAUACAUUUUGUAAGCAACAGCUGUUCUCUUUACUGGUAACGAGUCUACAUCGUCUGAGACACUAGAGAUGGUGGGUGGAUUUCUCCUUUGAUAGUCUGUACAGUCAAUAUGUAUCUAUUCUAUAUGUGGUCAUACAUGUUAAGUGAAUGCACGCAUGCCACCAUAACCCAUUUUAUUUGCAUUAACAUUUAGCUCAUUAAAUGUUUGACUUCAUCAUGAUCCAGUUUCUUCUCAGCGGAAAGAUGCAGAGGAAAUCGAAGGGUUGGUUGGUGCAGAACCUAUGUAUUGUGGAAUUAUUGUGCAUAUAAUUUUUCUAUGUGAAUUGGGAAAAAAUAAGGAAAUAAACUUUAAGAUCAAAGGUUGCUAAACAGCAAA